AUGCCUCCCAAGAAAGCAACACCAACCGCUAUGGCUUCGUCCACGGAUCUCACCUUCAAUGACGGUGAUAUGAAGUUCAUCCAGUCGAUCUUCGAGGCCUUCUCUGCCGAGGCCAAGGAGCACAUCGAUUGGGACGCCCUCCAAGCUAAGCAGGAUCUUCAGAGUAUCAAAGCUACGAAGAAAAAGUUCCGCCUUUUCUGCCAGAAGCACAAGUGGUGCGAGUAUGCUGAAGGCAGUGCCAGUGGUGGCAGCAAGAAGCGUGCCGCCGAGGAUGAAGAUGGCUCCAAGUCUGGAAAGGGCAAGGCCAAAAAGCAGAAGAACGCAGAGGAAGCCGAGGAAGACGCCGAUGAGGAUUAA